AUGGCCAACCUACUUGUCGACCCGAACACGCUGGUAGCGCCCGAUUUCACUCUUGAGGCCCACGCCCGAAAGAGGCAAACCUGGCUCGCGGCGGGCUUAACGGAGGAGCAGGUCCUCGCCGCUCUCGCUGCUGAUUGGCAGGCCGAGAACGACCACGAUAAGCUAGUAUGGCAAGAGCGCACCGCAGCAGAGGCACAGGCAGCGAGAGAACAGGCAGUAGCCGCCGAGGCGGCAGCUAAUCAGCUGAGAGAAGCAGAGAGGCAGGAAGAGGCGCAAUCUCUGAAGGACGAGAUGAAGAAGAAUAAAGAGAAGUACUCUUUCGUACCAAAUAUUCCGACACCUGCAGGAAGGCUGGUCAUGGCAGCCCCAUAUGCUGUCCGGCGCCUCGAAAAAGGCUUGUACAUCGAGCUCUACUACUACACGAACCAAGGGCUUCGUGCAGCAGCAGCGGACGUCUCGCAGGUAAACGACGAGGGGCUAGUCCUGAAAGAGAACAGCGACGGCACCACCACCCUGGUGCAAGGCGCCACGCUGCGUCAAGGCAAAUCAGUCAUCCCUGACUGUGAGCUCACCUGGGCACAGCUCCGCGAAGCUGUCACCCGUCUCAUCCCCGCGAUGCAGCGGGCGAGAUGGGCGCCCGCGCGCGUGGAGAUGCUCGCGCUCUUCUGGGGGAACCUCGAGACCCACGACUUCCAGCAGUCCAUUGACCCGAUCGACGUACAGGCGCUCGUGGUGUACCAGGCCGAGCAAAGGAUGCGAUGGCACCAGGCCAUCGUCGGCGACGGAGGGGGCUGGAAUCUUUCCAUCCUCUCAGAAGAGGCUUUGGAGGAGACCCGUGACAGAGUCUAUCGGAGGGACCGAAACGCGCAAGACGCAGACGUAACUGUAAGUAACCUCGUUUCCCUCUCAUGUGCCACCGAACAAGCACUCACCAUUCCCCCUUUUCUCUCCAUAUCGACACGAUACACAUGUUCUCAAAUAACCAACCACGCUCCUCGCGCCUUAUGUCUCUGA